AGAAAAGCAAGGCAGAUUUCCCCUUCCAAGAAUAGGGAGGAAGAAAGUGGUAAUUCACUCAGGCAACUAGCUGACAGUAAACUGAGAAAUAUUCAGCCCCUGCCUUCAAGAUCUUAAAAGAAAAUCCUCAAAGCAUUCCCCAAACGCAUGCCCACCUGUGACACUAGUGAUGACAGAGGUAAAGGAAAAGCUUUAAGGUGAAUUUAUGCAAAUGAACCCUUUGUCACAAAGAAACAAAGGAAACACAUAAUCAGCCCUGGGUAGGAUUAGGUUGGAAAACUUUUCUAUAGGAUGUGAUACUGCAGCAGGACUCAUAGGCCGGAACACAUUUGGUGGACCAGGAAGUUCAGGGCAUUGCAAGUGGAAGGGAGUUAGUGGUAAAAAGGAGCAGGUGGAAGCAGGAUGAAAGAUGUGGAUUGAGAGGUGCUGGUGGCACAUGCUGGGCAGGAGGCUGUCUUGCCCAUGGUGUGGCUCUGGGGACUGGACUUGGCCAGAUUCAGUGUUCUUCACAUGUCAUUCAUAUACUUCAAAAAAUUAGCACUGACCUUAUAGAUGGAACAGUAGGGCAUGACCCUUCCAGUCAUGUUGUGGAGCCUAUGAAUAUAAGGGGAAUAUUUGCUCAACCUAAAACAAUUUCACUCCUUUUGAGAUUAGAAGCAGUGUGAUCUCUCUUUUGCUCUCUAGAUUUCACAAGGAACACGCGCUCAGAACUAAAUGUUGAGGAAUUAUUCUAGCACCACUGAAUUUUAUCUCUUAGGCUUCCCUGGCUCCCCAGAAUUACAUCAUAUCUUAUUUGCUACUUUCUUCCUCUUCUACUCAGUUACAGUAAUUGGAAAUAUGCUUAUAAUUGUGAUGGUCUGUGUUGAUAAACAUCUGCAGUCCCCCAUGUAUUUCUUCCUUGGCCACCUCUCUGUCCUUGAGAUCCUGAUCACCUCUGUUGCCGUCCCCUUGAUGCUCUGGGGAUUACUGCUUCCAGGGAUGCAGGCAAUAUCCCUGACGGCAUGUGGUGCACAACUGUAUUUGUACCUUUCUUUGGGUACAUCGGAGUUUAUAUUAAUGGGAGCGAUGGCUGUGGACCGUUACGUGGCUGUCUGUCACCCCUUGAGAUACAACAUCAUCAUGAACAGCCGCACGUGCUGCUUUGUGGUAAUUGCCUCAUGGCUGUUUGGGUUCCUUUUUCAAAUCUGGCCCAUCUAUGCCACAAUUCAGCUUACCUUCUGCAAAUCAAAUGUGAUAGACCAUUUUUACUGUGACCGAGGACAACUGUUCAAACUAUCCUGUGAUGACAGCCAUUUCACACAGUUUAUUCUAUUUUUAAUGGCUGUUUUUGUUAUCAUUGGUGCUUUGAUCCCCAUGAUCAUCUCCUACACCUAUAUCAUCUCCACCAUCGUCAAGAUCCCCUCAGUCUCUGGCAGGAGGAAGGCCUUCUCCACGUGUGCCUCCCACUUCACCUUUGUUGUGAUCGGCUGUGGCAGCUGCCUGUUCCUCUACGUGAAACCCAAGCAAACGCAGGCAGCCGAGUACAACAGGUUAGCAUCCCUGAUGGUUUUAGUGGUGACCCCUUUCCUGAACCCUUUUAUCUUCACCCUCCGGAAUGACAAAUUCAUAGAGGCCUUUCGAGAUGUUGUGAAACGCUGCUCUCAACUCCUCAAGAACUAGUUCUGUCUUAAGGACCAUCAUGGACACAUCAUCAAGGACCUGUGUGAUCUGAAAGCACUAAUUCAAAUCUGAAAUAAUCAUUGUCAUAACCAAAUAGUUUCUGAUCUGCAAGGGAACUUUAAAAUGCUGACAGUGCUCUAAUUUAUAACCAGAUGAUUCCUACUUGGGGAGAUCACUUUAUUAUUUCUUAACAGUAUACAUACAUUAAUACAGUAGUUUUAGUAUGUUUUACAAUAUAAACUAGCAAAGUAGUCAUACAAAAUAUGUGCUUUUUUUGGAACAUGCAGCUCUUAGAAUGGGAAAAGCAAGGAAAAGUAUAAUUCAUUCUCUGACAGCUGAUCUACAUGUUUGAUUCUGGGAGGUGUGGUCAUCUUCUCAGAAAGGGUCCUGUGUUUUCAUGAUUUUCUGACUCUAUUACCCUGUAUUUAUUCCCUGAGUGAUCCCAAGUCCAGCCUCAGGCUUCAGCCAUUUUUCGAGG